GGGGGAUUUUGCACGGAGAAGAUGAUCCACAUGGUUAGAAUGGUUUGCAGGAAAAGGUGAACAUGGACGAACUACAUGCCUUCUUUCACUGCGUGCGCAUCUUCGGGUACAAAUUGUACUGACAGUCGUUGUGGUCAUGCGUACUAGUCGUGCCGGUGAGAUGAAAAAGUCAGUAGUGCUUGUUGAUGCCUGCUCCUUCCAACACAUCUACGUCAGUAUUUGAACAUCAAUGGGAGCACGUUUAUUGCGCAGUGUGGGCAGCGGGUCUUUAGGUGAAGUACUUACAACGGGGCGGCCGCACUAUUAGAUAGAAGCUGGUGAUCGUCCGACCUACCACCUGUGCUGGAGCUUCCAGGAGUCGGGUAGGACUUCAAAAAACACUAUGCCGUUUUUCUCGGAGUUGACGCUGAACAUCGACUCGGCGCUGAACAUCCUUCCGUCGGACCUCUUCUCCAGUCGCGUAUACUACGUGACGGCGCGGUAUCCCACGGAGCCCGCCGAGCAGCCGGCCCGGCGCCAGCCCGCGCAGGGCCAGAAGGGGAACCCGGGUGCGGGGCGGUGCAGCGUAUCCUGAUUAAAAACGUACCCACACCAGAGUCAAGAUGGGGACUUUGCAACACAAACCUAUGAGUUUUGGGAGUCACGCAUGACAAGCUUCAGUCCGUAAGGUAGUGCAAGUUAGCAAGGAAAGCCGCAUCACAAAUCGAUCUGCUGAUCCUGUUUACAGCAUUACAAGUUCCCAAACACGAUUGAAAAUGCCUGUCAUGGGGUUGCGCAUCACAAAUGCUCCUGCCAUGGCAAAUCUGCAUGACAACUCUGGUGUGGGUACGUUUUUACUCAGGAUACAGCGACUGCGUUUUUCACUGCCAGAUCCAAAUGCCGAGCGACGCAGCGCAGACAGUCGUGUUGGUGUCCUUGUGGGAUAUGAAUCGCAAAUAUGUCUGGGUCUGGAUCUGUAAUGCAAGAUCUGAAGGGCAAGAAAAGCUGUAAUGCAUGAAUACGAUUGGGGGCCACUUUUUUUAUUUUUGUCGUGCUGGAUGAAAGAGUUUCAGUUUGUAAUGCUAAAACGCGAAUGAAUCCGCAAUAAGCUGAGGAAAACUUCUCAUGCGGUUAUGCCGUCCAAGGAGCCAGUCUGCAAUGCAAGUCUCAGCAACACAAGUGUCCAGACCCAGAUAUAUUUUUGGAAUGCAUAUGGGAGGAGGACCUGCAAAAAGGGGACGUGCUCGUCGGCGAGGCCACCGUUCCCUUGGACGACCCGCGGGCGUUGGACCAAACCAACCCGUGGCCCCUGCAGUGCACCGCCGCUGACUCGUCGCCGAAGCAGUCGAAAACUCCACCGCUGCUAACCCUGCACGUCGUAUCGGACCUGCGGCGGAAGGGAUCGACAAAUCUCCAGCGCAAGGACCCCCCGCCGGACGGACCCCUGCCGGGGGCAGCGGAGGCGGCCCUCGGGUGACGACGGACUGACUGUCGCGUCCGAAGAGCAGUUGUCGUGAUGGCAAUUUUUAGGAGGUGCAGGUGGAGGUCGAACUCGAAGUAAGUACUUACAUACACGUCGGGAUAGCUGUCCUUCUCGCCGUUGCCUCCCCGUCCCCACUCCACCAGCUAAGCUACGAUAAUGAAUUCACCCGCAACUACUAUUCCACCGCUAAUGGAACAACAUUUUCAGGGACCUGGCACGACGACACUUGGAAGUGCAAACGGUUCUUGCGUUGGCGUUGCGAGAAGAAAGUGCGGGAGCAGAUGCGCGUCGAGCUACGCACUGUUCCGUGAUCUGCUGGUAUGUUGUCACGACCGGAUUCGCCGGAUAAUUGAUUCUUCUCGGUAGUGAAGCAUAGAAGAUGGCGAGCUGCGGAAGACGAAAAGAUACGGCGGGUCCAACGUGGUCGACAGGACGGGAGAUCAUUGCAAAGGUAGUUGCAGCGAGCUCUACAUCGCCCGGAUGCUUGUUGCUGGACGUUCGUUCCUUUUGCACUUUCCUUUCAGGGUGGAAGCGGAUGGAUGGCAGCCCGGCGAGCGCAACGCCUUGGGCAAGCGGGCCGUGAAGGUAGAAAUUUGGGGGGGGAGACGCAGACGCCGCUCUUUCGCAAGGAAGCAGCUCAGGCCCCAUGGUGGAGUAGAUUGUCAUGCUAGUAGUACUACCAACGACAGACGCUGACGCAAUCGAAACCUACUUCGUGAGAAUGUCUUUUUCGACAUAUUGGAAGACUUCUUCUGCUGCUGAACUUGCCCUUGCGACGACCAUGGAAGCGAGUGUAAGACUCUUCUGCUGUGAUGAGAUGAAAUCAGACCAAGCCCGUGGUCGCGGGUGCAAGCGGGAGCUCGGAAAAAUCAGUUCGGCAGACGAUUGAUAUAAAAUGAAAAUGUUUGUUGACACAUCCUUCGGGGUGGAAUUGAAUGUGGC